GAUCAUUUAAAGCUGGUACCAGAGUACAUCUGGAAGUGUGGAGCUGGACGCUGCUGCUGCUCAGCCUGGAAAGAUAAGUGAUCAGAGCUCCUCCAUCCCGAGUGUCAGUCCGGGAGGCUCUCUCUGCACUUCCAGCUUGCUCUUCUCUUCCCUACCUCUUCCUCCAUCGGUCUCCCCCGGUGCUUCACUCUUCUCUGCCUGUAAUUCCUUCCCCCCCUCGACCAUGGCUCCGACCUUGGCCACAGCGUUCGCCAGGCGCUGGUGGAUGGCGGUGACUGCUAUCAUUGAGAAUCUGCUCUUCUCUGCGGUGCUGCUGGGAUGGGGCUCGCUCCUCAUCAUGCUCAAGUCGGAAGGCUUCUACUCGUACCUUUGCAACGAGGAGGGUAACAGCUCCAGCUACAAUGUGUCCCGGCCCGAGGCAACGCCCGAGCCUGACGAGUAUGCAGACUACUAUGACAGUGAGGGCGCCGUGGUUGGUCUGGGAGACGGAGUGGAGAUGAGGCCCCUCGUCCCCGUGGAUGGGCCCCUGAGGAUGAACGGCUGGCUGAUCUGUAAGGAACAGGAUGAGAUGCUGAACCUGGCGUUCACAGUGGGCUCCUUCCUGCUCUCAGCCAUCACGCUGCCGCUGGGGAUCGUCAUGGAUAAAUAUGGGCCUCGCAAGCUGCGACUGCUGGGCAGCACAUGCUUCGGACUGUCCUGUCUACUCAUUGCUUAUGGAGCAUACAAUCCAAAUGAACUCUCCGUCCUUAUCUUCAUUGCCCUGACUUUCAAUGGCUUCGGGGGCAUGUGCAUGACCUUCACCUCUCUCACACUGCCAAACAUGUUUGCCGACCUCCGUUCCACCUUCAUCGCCCUGAUGAUUGGCUCCUAUGCCUCCUCAGCCGUCACCUUCCCUGGCGUCAAGGUGAUCUACGACCUUGGCAUACCUUUCAUCACGAUCCUGGUGGUGUGGGCUUCCUGUGCCGGAGUGGUCUUCCUCAACUGCUUCUUCAACUGGCCACUGGAACCAUUCCCAGGACCAGAGGACAUGGACUACACUGUGAAGAUCAAGUUCAGCUGGCUGGGCUUUGACCACAAAAUCACAGGGAAGCAGUUCUACAGCCAAGUGACCACCGUGGGCCGUCGUCUCAGCGUGGGCAACAGCCUGAAGCAGAAGGAGCUGGCCACCAAGGACGGCCACAAGCUCUGCCUCUCCACCAUGGACCUCGAAAUGGACUGCAAGACCAAGGAUGAGUCCCAGUCGUUCCUGAAAACUAUCAUCAGCCCCAUCUUCCUGCUCAGCCUGGUGACCAUGUCCGUCACUCAGCUUCGUCUCUUGUUCUACAUGGGGGCCAUGAACAGCGUCCUGGAGUCGCUCAGUGACGGAGACCUCAACACAGUGAGUCUGUACUCCUCCAUCUUUGGCGUGCUGCAGCUGCUUUGCCUGAUGACCACCCCUGUGAUUGGUCAGAUCAUGGACUGGAAGCUGAAGGACUGUGAUGAUGAAACGGACGAAAAGGAACCCUGCAGCAAGGGCGAGACAAAGAAAAAGCGCAGAGACAAAAAGACCCAGAAGGUGACCAAUGCUUUGAGAGCUUUCGUCCUCACAAACGUCCUUUUAGUAGGAUUUGGGAUCACGUGCCUAGUGCCCAACCUCCCCCUCCAGAUUGUGUCAUUCGUCCUACACACUGUGGUGAGAGGAUUCAUUCACUCUGCAGUUGGUGGCCUCUACGCCGCUGUGUACCCCUCCUCUCAGUUUGGCAGUCUCACAGGCAUGCAGUCUCUGGUCAGUGCUGUGUUUGCUCUGCUGCAGCAGCCACUUUUUCUGGCUAUGAUGGGACCCCUUGAGGGAGACCCGCUCUGGGUCAACGUGGGACUCCUUGUCGUCAGCAUGCUGGGCUUCCUGCUGCCGCUGUACCUGAUCUACUACAGAUGGACGCUCAACAAGAAGCAGCAGCAGAGGGAGGACAACGCAAAGAUCUUCAUGAGAAUUAACGGCUCCGACAUCCCCGAGGCCUUUGUCUAGAGAAGAGUAAAUGAAGAUUCAUUACUGAGAAACACUGGCAAUCCGGUGAUACGUGCACACAUAUACACAUAAAAAAAAGGACGGCUGGAAUCUUACACAUCACAUUUAUCCAUCAGCAGACUGCCACCUCCAUUUUCCCCAAAUCCCACCAAGACAAAAUUACGCUCUGGUUGUCAUGGAAACAAGUCCAUUGGACGCUGUUGCUGAGGAGAAAAGUAAAGCGCGGAGAGGAAAAGGAGAACGAGAGAGAGGAAAAGACUGUGAAAGGAAAGAGGCGUCAUGCUCUCUGUAUUCCCCCAAAUCCUCUGACUUCUCUUCUUAUUCCCCACCGUCGUGCAGCCCCUCUUCACAUAAGACUGCGUCAAUAUUCCCUAUAUUAACAGAAAAGGGGGAAAAGGAAGCUUGGUUGGCCCACAGAUUUCCACCUGGGAAACCAGCAGGACUAGAAAAUGUCAGCAUGAAAAGGUUCCUAUGUUAUUAUUGAGUGAUUCCUUUUUCUUGUUUUCUUUUUUGUGUGUUUAAUAUGCACAUUCUAAAUCAUCCUGAUAUUAAAUCCCAAAACGAGGUGCUACCUAUCUAGACCUUUUGACAGAUGCUGAAAAAAGUAAGUGUGGACUAAAUGGCAUCGAUGAGUGACAGGGAGGAGAGUCGAGCCUUAAUGCUGAUGAGCAAGAAGAGAAGAGAGUUAUGAUGAUUCAUUAUUUUGUUUUAGAUUUUUGUUUUUACAAGACUAACAUCUUAUUACAGUAUUUAACUAGUAGCUUAAAAUAUACUGUUGUCUUGGAUGAAUGCCGGUGUUUUAUGUGGCUGUAUUCUGUAAGAGGGACAUCAAACAACCCGUGGUAUGUUUUGCUAAAAGCAAACGUUUAGAUUAUUUAUUUUAUUUCCUUUAGUUUUCUUUUUAUACCUUAAAUUCACCAGAGAUUCCUUUAGUUUCAUUAAAAAGAGAAUAUGCAUUGUUCAUUGGGAAGACUGCUCUGUUGGACUUUUAACACAUUUUUUUAUUUUACAACUUUUUACCAAUAGUCUACCCUUUGCAAUACAUGGGACUGCAAUCCAACAAAACAAAACACAUCAUCAAUUAGAUGCCUCAUCUUAAAGUGAGUAUGUCAUUCAUUCUGUCUAUCUGGUGUUAAGAGAAAUGCAGCACUUUAUAACCAUGUGAACCCCUUUAAAUAUCACAGUCACACACACCAGCUGACUUCAGCACUUCCCUCCUGAUGCCUCUCUUGAGGAAUAGUCUCACUGUCAUUUUUUGAGCUCCUCCUCCCUUCACACGAGUAUUUAUUUUAUUCAACGCUAAUUUUUCCCAUCACGACUUUCGUGACGUGCUGUAUUUAAAUGAUGCUGUGCUGGUAACUGGUGUUGUUUGCGCAGAGCUCUUUCUUCCAUCGUUGAACGUAAUAAAGAGAUGUUUGUCAUACAGACAUUCCAGGUUGAUAUGGAAUUUUUUGUUGGCGUUAAUAAAGACGUGUUGAUCUCUG